UUCUCUGCUUUUCAGCACUGUGGACAGCAUCAGGCAGGGGCGGGGCUUGUUGAAAUAUUCCGUUCCGAUGUGCGUAAAGAAAAGACCUUACGUCACGUGACCGCCUUUUUACUCCCAAACCCCAUCAUUUGGGAAUAACGUACAUAUUUCUGUGUGAGCAGUGCCUGAUCUGGACGUUUCCUCCAAUGUGUUUGAAUGCAGAUUAAUCCAGGAUGCUAUUUAAACAAACGGAGGGAUUCUAGCGACAUUCUCGGACUAAACUGGAGUUUGGUUUUCAAGGCAGAUUGAAGUCUGUGUGCCGGCUGUUUGCAAGUGAAGGAAAAUACUGAACGGUCAUCAUGGCAGAAAACAACUUCCCUCCCCUGCCUCGAUUCAUCCCUCUCAAGCCAUGUUUUUACCAAGACUUCAAUGAGAUCCCAGACCAGCAUCGCACAAUGUGCAAGAAAAUCUACUACCUAUGGAUCUUGAAUAGUGCCACACUGGCUGUUAAUCUGAUUGGCUGUCUGGCGUGGAUGUGUGGAGGUGGCGGGGUGACCAACUUCGGCAUGGCCUUCCUGUGGCUCAUCCUCUUCACCCCCUGCUCCUACGUAUGCUGGUUCAGGCCCAUCUACAAGGCCUUCAAGACCGACAGCUCUUUCAACUUUAUGGCUUUCUUCUUCGUCUUCAUGGCCCAGGUGGUGAUCAGUAUCAUCCAGAGUGUUGGCAUUCCAGGCUGGGGAGUGUGUGGCUGGCUAGCUACCAUCAGUUUCUUCAGCACCAACAUUGGCUCCGCUGUGGUCAUGCUGAUUCCCACCAUCAUGUUUACUGCGGUGGCUGUGCUGUCCUUUACCGCCCUUGCAAAGGUUCAUAACUUAUACCGUGGCACUGGUGGCAGCAUGGGCAAAGCCCAGGAGGAGUGGGCCAGUGGGGCCUGGAAGAACCCCCACGUCCAGCAGGCAGCUCAGCAGGCGGCCAUGGGAGCUGCACAGGGAGCCGUGCAGCAGAACCAGUACUCAGCAGCUCCCACCUACAACUACGAUGACCCGAUGUAGGGCAGAUAAGGGGGCCAAGCUGCUGAGUAGGAGAGAUAAAAAGGGAUCAAUUAAGAACACAGAAUUAGGUGCCCUUCAUUACAACACUGUACGAGCUGAUUUCAACCAGAACAAUGUAGAGAAAAGUCAUGUUUUUGGUGGAAGUGUACUUUUAUUAAAUUCUGACACACAUGGGAGUUAACAAUUUAUGUAACUUCACAUCUAAAAUAACAACCGGUUAUUUAAAAAGCUGGUUUUUCUCUUUUAAACUGCUCAACUUUAGCUGGUCAAUGUGUGUGUAGCUUUUCAACGGGGACACAUUAUAUAGCUAAAACACAUCCUCCGAGCUUCAUCCUUUUAUUCAGGUAGGUUCACCUGUGGUCAGCACAGUGACUUUUCUGCCUAUGCCUCUGUCCCACUUUAAAACAUCUUUUAAUUACCGUUGUAAUGUGUUUUUUUAUGUAAAGUAGUAACUAUAUUGUUAAGAGAUACUUUCAUUAGCCUUAGGGUCACCAAAUGCUAAAUAAAUUUAAAAUAAAAGUCUCAGUAGAGGGAUGGUUCAACAAUUUGGAAGAUACGAUUAUUUACUUUUCUGCUGAGAGAUGGAUGAGAAGAUAAAUACCACUCUCGUGUCUGUACAGUUACUAUGAAGCUACAGUUAGCAGCUGGUUAGCUUAGCAUAAAAACUGGAAACAGGGAAACAGCUUUCCCGGCUCUAAACUAAGUUAACCAGCUGCUGAUGGUAGCUUUAUAUUUACCGUACAGACAUGAGAGUGGGAUCUAUCUUCUCAUCUAAUUCUCAGCAAGAAAGCAGAUGAUGUCAAAUGAUUCCCACAAAGUGCAGGGCACAAUUAAACCUUGUGUGAUUUAGUCUGGAACAUAUCAUUUUAUAUACUGGCCAGUCCUUUUCUUACCAUCUAAACUUAACUGUUACUUAAUGUUGAAAAAUACAAAGUUGAACUUGGCCAAAAUCUCAACAAUAGAAUUGACAUUUCUAAUUUUUUUUAAAUGCAAAUUUAACAGGAAGAUGAAUGAAAGGACUAAAUCUGUGUCACUGACAUAAUUUAAAUCAGAAGACAUUUGCUGGAAGUAAUCGCUAGCACAAAAUGUAUUGAGCAUGUAAGUUUUCCAACUCAAAAGCUUUUAAAUCCCAGAGAAAAUAGUAACAGUUCAUGUUUUGGUGACCCAAUUGUGUUUUUUUUUUCACUGAUGUGAAGUUGCUCUGUGUCAGUGAACCUUUUGACAUUUUUAUUUAACAUUCUCAGGAAAGGUGUGAUAGUGGGUUUUAAAUUCUACCUGUAAAGCCCUAAGAGUGAUAACAUGUCGGUUUGUUUUUUGUAAUCCCCGUUAUUCAUUAGUUUUGUAAUUACACUCUGGCUAUGUGUUUAGCAGGUUGAUUUCAGUGAAAUGAAUGAUUAUUACAUGUAAAAGUGAUGCACAUGCAGAAUUUAGGAGUGCAGUUCAUUGGAUAAAACAUUCCAAAUCAACGUUGUACAGGUUAAAAGUGAAUGAAAAGCAAAACAAUUGCAGGUUGGACAUACAGUAAAUAUUAAUAAUCAUUGUUGUAGGUGGUCAUAGCAUUGUAUGAAGUGAAGUUCUCACCCCUUCGGCAAAUUCUCCCAUUUAACCCUACAUGUAAAUGCUUAAAUGAAGCUCUGGAUUUCAGGUCUUAUUGUGUCAUUUCGUGGCUGUUGGUGUUAUUCUAUGAGUAGGUGUAAUAUGAUAUUUAUAUAAAAGAAAAUAUAAAAUUCAACCAGUUAUUUCUUCAUGAGGUGAAAUUGAAAGAGGGAGUAUCUGUGUGUUGCCGUUCAGUCAGAGACUGUCAUAUUGAUUUUAGUGUCACUCAAGUCUUCUUUGAAAACGUCUUUAAGAUUCAGUAGAUGGUUAUUACAGUAAUACAGUAUUAGACCUGAAACAGAUGUGAAGAAUCGUGUCUGAAUGAUCGUUAUUUCAAAACCUGUGAGCCGUCUUGUCUGACUGUGAUGAUGUGGUAUUCAAUAGGCUGUUUUACUUUUUAGUUGUUGUUUUGUUUUCCAACCUAUACUUUAUAUAACAUUUUAUGUGUAUUUUGGAUGAUGGGUGGAUGAGUUUGAAGCUCAUGUUUGUUGGCUUCCAAUAGCUGUAGGUAACAGACUUUUAGUUUGUUUUUGUUUUUUAUUAUAAUUUAAUAAAAACUUAGAUAAUGGUUGGCACCUGUUGACAUCAGUGCAAACCACUGUGGAGCAAUCCACAGUGGAGCAAUACAAACAUAAAUAUAUUAAACAGUAGACUUCUAAGGAUCAAGUGGGGUCCGGUUGUGCAGGCUUCAAAUAAAGAGAAGCAUAACAUAAACUGUUAUGAACUAAUAAAAUGGGCCUGUGUUGACACCACUUGUAUAAUUUCACAAAUGCACAAAAUUUUCACCAGCAGAUGCACACAUAGUAGUUAUGAACCCUGUUAACUGCCCCACCCACACACUCAUCUGUUAGCAAAUGCUAAAAGUUUAGCUGAUCAGUGCUAUAAAUUAAGGGUGAAGCCUGCCAAAAGAUGAACAAACUACUUUUCUGUGUGUAGCAAGUUGUCAAGGUGAAUUGUGAAUCAGUCCAAACAUUUCUGCCAUAUGUAUAUACAGCAUGGUUAAUGUGAUUAUGGAAACUACAGCUGUAUAGGUAUUGUGCAGCAGGAACUGCAGUGUACUGGAUACUAUUAACAUUUAAUGCUGCUGUAUCAAUGCUUCUGAAAGCCAUUUCCCAUUAGCUCCCACAUGUACUGUUUGUUGUUUGAUAUGUAUUAUCAUGUAUUAUAUCAUAACUGGAUAUAAAUAUAUAAUUACUUGAGGUGAGGGAAAUAUUUGUCAUGGAUAACCACAUUCAAUAGAAACAUGAUCUAAAUAGGUAAAUUAAAUAUUUCAGGAGACUGUGUCUCCAUGAGUGAAGUAUAUGAGGAAUACAUUUUUGUGUAUUACUUUUGUAUAAUUUGGUCUUACCCUAAUAGAUAUUAAACAGUUCUUGUUGCA